UGUGAAAUAAAGGGCUUCUAGCUGUCUGACAGGUGUCUUGGAAGAAACACAUGGUCUUACUCUUCUCAGGGACCUCUAGCAUGCUCUCUGGGUGCACAGUGCAUAUGGGCUGUAUACGCUGAUGCUCCCGGCUGGAGUCCUGUCCGGAUCUUCGAUGUUCAAGUGGCUCCUGGAUGAAUUAUUUGUUCUGUAGUUGCCAAGUCUUUAUGGUUUUGUAUGAUUCAGGGAUGGCUUUCAGCACCUCCCAGAACUCAUUUCAGGAGAGCCUUAAGCAAUGUAUUGUCUGUGCUGGGACAGGAGCAGGUCAUGCAUCGUUUUUCUUGGCAAAGUGUGAGACAAGGGCUCUUAGCAUGGAUUCAGAUAGAAUGAAGACAACUAGGACUAUCUAGAAAAUACACAGUAUGGUGACUCUUGGAGUAGAUGAACACAAAGACGCAGCAGCUGGUAGUGUGCCCAGUGCUAAAUAAGGAGGGGACAGCCUGGCCACUGUGACCCCAAUAUAGGUCACUUGCAUAAACAGAAUGGCAAUCUGGGACAAGAUGAAAAGCUGUGUGAGAAAGGGACUGGAAGACUUCCAAAUUAUUUUGGUUCACAGGUGUGGGCAUGGUAAAUAUUAUUGUGAUGUAACCUGGUCAACAUAAAAUUGCUUCUGAUCCCGUAAAGAAUAACGUGUGGUAACUCAGCAGUUACUUUAAUACAAGGAGUUAUGUUCUGUGAACAUUUUUUUUUUUUUAAUGAAAGUACAUCUGUUUAUAUACUGAUAUUAAUUAUUUACUUUGAAAGGCUUCAAGUGUUUUCAGGACGUUGUGCCAUACCCAUUGCUCUUCAGAUUAGAGACUCUAUUUUCAGCACACCAGUUGCUGACAGUACGUUGUGCCAGUACAUUGUCAGCAUUCAGUAAAAGUAGUAAUAAUAAAUUAAGCAGAACUGCGUAUCUCCAUAGAGAGCUGAAUAAGAGGCUCUCUAAGCAUACACAGAAAGUUUAGCCAAAAAUAAUUUUGAUUGAAUUGUUUGUAAUUUACAGAAAAGGAAAGUGAUUAGCAAUAUCCCAGGACCACUGCAGGCAUGGGAAGUGGUGCAGAUGCAUGGAUAACUAAGUAGACUUUUACUUGGAUUGAGAGAACUGUUAGCUGUGUCCCAGGGUUAUGGAGCCCUGCAGCUGGAGGUAUUAUGAUUAGGUGAGAUGUAAAUCUCAAAUCCUGACCAUUUGUAGCCAGUAGAAUUUAAUAGCUUCUUUUGUUUGGAGCAGACUUGCAGACCAACCCUAAUAACUUGCUUGAAUCCUAAUAUCAGGCAUAAUAAUUCCUUAUCGUUAUUUGGCUGAGAAAUUUUUAUAUUCUGAUCUAUGCCAGCCUACUCUUUGUGAACACUUUUAAAUAGCUGCUUUGUUCAUUCUAUUCAAAAGUAAAUGGUUCCUUUCUGAAGUUUUUCCUGUAGGAGAUAGAUGUUUGGAUUUGUACCCAUCACAUUUAGAACUCUGAGAUAAGAGGCUCUGCCCUUUUCACUGUGCAUCCUUCUACACCUGGAGAUGGAGUGACAGGUUGAUGAAACAGAAAUACAUGAGAAAUGAGUGUGCUGUGCUCUGCUGCCCAUAGCAUACAAGGUGAAACUGAGCAGGCACCAAGGGAAAAAAAGAAUGACUUGGCUGGAACAAUGGCUGUGUACCUCUUCUAGAUCCAACGAAGGGUGAGGAAGCUCCAAACUCAUCUCCAGCCUGUGUCUCUGGUGAGACCUCCUUUGAAUAUGAGGCAGGUCCUAAACACAGGGUAGUCCUCCAUGAGGUCACUUACUGUAUAUCAGGAUGAGGAGAGACUGUGACAAACUGCUGCUGCUGUAUAUACUUUUCAUCCUGGGCUGACGACAACUGGCUUUACAGCAAAACUGAAAUACUAAAUGAUCUGACUCUAACGUUCACAUGGACAUGAUUCGUUUCUGUGAGUUCAUUCUUCUAUUUAGAGAAGGAUAUUGCUACCCUCCCUUACGCACUGACACAGUUGCCAAAAUAACCACUCUUACUAACUGGCAGCUUUAAAAGCCAGCCUGCAGCUGACUUUGAAACAGAAGGUCAGCAGACAGAGCAACAGACUUCAGUUCAGAGCUUUAAUAGGAGCCAUUGACCACAGCAAAAGGCCUUGACUGGAGUGUCUAGAGUGUGCUUUGCACAGGCCAAAAAGUCACUUUCAUACUCUUUGAACCUUUUGUAUAAACCUAUAUAUAUUUUUCACUCUGUGGAUUUCAAGAUGAAUGUGCAGCCGUGUGCUAGAUGUGGCUAUGGGGUUUACCCUGCUGAGAAGAUUAACUGUAUAGAUCAGACAUGGCACAAAGCCUGUUUUCACUGCGAAGUAUGCAAGAUGAUGUUAACAGUAAACAACUUUGUUAGCCAUGAGAAAAAGCCUUACUGUCAAGCACAUAAUCCAAAAAACAAUGCGUUCACAAGUGUAUUUGAGACACCAAUAAAUAUAAAUGCAAAAAAACUAUCGGAAGUGGUAAGUGAGAUAAAAUAUCGAGAAGAGGGUGAACAAAUCAAAUCAGUCUUUCAAUGGGAUGUAAGGUCCAGAGAAAUUGAACCUGCCUAUAAAGCCCAACAGUUGGCCGCCCAGAAUGCUUACUAUGCUGCCUAUCAGGAGGGAAAAUCAUGGUACUCGGGAACAAUCCCAGAUCCUGAGAUGGUGAGGAUAACACAGGCACAGAAGACUCUGAGUGAUUUUCAAUAUACAGAAGAAUAUGAGCCACGGAGAGGCAAAGGCAGCUUUCCCGCUAUGAUCACUCCAGGUUAUCAGGUCGCUAAGAGAGCCACCCAACUAAGCAGUAACGUAGAAUACAAGCGGGGACAUGAAGAGAGAGUUUCAAAGUUCACCUCUGUUGUAGACACUCCAGAUAUACUUCAUGCAAAGGUUGGAGGACAGCUUUCAAGUAAUUUGAAAUACACAGAAGACUUUGAAGAACGGAUAGGGAAAGGCAGCUUUCCUGCUAUGAUCACUCCAGCUUAUGAAAUAGCCAAGAGAGCGAAUGAAUUAGCCAGUGAUGUAAAGUAUCAUCAAAGUUAUGAAAAAGAGAUCAAGGGAAAAGCCAGCCAUACAGCUGGAACAGAUGUUACUUUUGCAAGAAAAAAUGUAGAUCAAUAUGGCCAGGAUUAUAUGGAUGAGUAUGAAGAACGCAGAGGGAAAGGAAGCUUUCCUGCUAUGAUCACUCCAGCUUAUCAAAAUGCCAAGAAAGCAAAUGAAUUGGCAAGUGAUAUAAAAUACAAGAAAGAUCUUUCCAAGAUGAAAGGUGCAGCUCACUUUCACUCGCUAAAGGCUGAAGACAACUUAGUCCUUAAACAAGCCCAAAGUGUUAACAAGCUUGUCAGUGAGGUGGAGUAUAAGAAGGAUCUCGGAAACAACAGAGGCUACAGCAUGAACUACUGUGAUACUCCGCAAUUCAAGAAUAUGAGCAAGAUCUCAAAAUUCACCAGUGAUGUUAAAUACAAAGAAACCUACCAGAACCAGAUGAAAGGUCAUUAUGUAGGUAUUGGCAUGGACAAGCGAAUGCUACAUGCCAUGAAAGUUGGUGGCUUGGCAAGCAAUAUAGCCUAUAAAUCUGAUUACAAACAUGACGGUGUUGACUACAAUUACCCAGCUACUCUUACUCCUUCAUAUCAGACAACAAGGAAGUUGGUCCCUUUGAAAGAUGUAAACUACAGGCAAAGCAUAGACAAGCUGAAGUACAGCUCUGUUGCCAGCACUCCACAAAUUGCUCAAGCCAAAAUAAAUGCGCAGCAGCUCAGUGACUUGAACUACAGAGCCCAGUAUGAGAAGACAAAAACAAAUUACACUCUACCUCAGGACGUACCUCAGUUAGUCAAGGCAAAAGCCAAUGCUGAGUUAUACAGUGAGAUUAAGUACAAAGAAGGCUGGGAGAAGAGUAAGGGCCAAGGCUUUGAAAUGAAACUUGAUUCUCUGCCUUUACUUGCUGCCAAAGCUUCAAGGGAUCUUGCCAGUGAUAUUAAAUAUAAAGAAGAAUAUGAAAAAACAAAAGGAAAAGCAAUUGGAAGCAAAGAUUCAAGACUUUUACACUCUCUGCUGGUGGCCAAGAUGAGUAGUGAGAUUGCCUACAAAAAAGAUUUUGAGGAAAGUAAGACCCAUUUCCAUCUGCCGAUGGAUAUGUUAAACCUGAGACAUGCUAAGAAGGCCCAGGCGCUUGCUAGUGACCUAGACUAUAGAAAGAGACUCCAUGAAUACACAGUGGUUCCAGAAGAUAUGAAGACCAAAUGGGCAAAGAAGGCCUAUGGUCUUCAGAGUGAUCUUCGAUACAGGGCAGAUCUGAUGUGGAUGAAAGGAGCUGGGUGUAUCACAGAAGGAAGUCUUAAUAUACAACAAGCCAAAAAGGCGGGAGAUUUGGUCAGUGAGAAAAAGUACAGACAGAAGGCUGAUGCUCUGAAGUUCACCAGUGUGGCUGACAGUUCUCAGAUCAAGCAUGCCAAGAAAAGCCAAGAACUGCAAAGUGAUGUUGCCUACAGGUCAGGAAAGGAGCAGUUUCUUCAUCAGUACACCAUCAGCAAAGAUGAUCCUGUCUUCAUACUGGCCAAAGCAAAUGCUGCCAAUAUCAGUGAGAAACUCUACAAGAGUAGCUGGGAGAAGCAGAAGGAAAAAGGAUUUGUGCUUCGUCUGGAUGCUUUGUCAUUCUUGACAGCCAAGGCAAAGAGGGAUCUGGCAAGUGAUAUUAAAUAUAAGGAAGGUUAUGAGAAGAUGAAGGGUAAGCUGAUUGGAGUAAAAGCUGUGGAGGAAGAUUCGCAGAUGGCUCAUUCUCUUCAAAUGUCAAAGUUGCAGAGUGAUCUGGAGUACAAGAAGGCAUUUGAGGACACGAAGAAUCAGUUUCAGGUCUCCAUGGAUAUGGUUAACCUUGUCCAUGCCAAAAAGGCUCAGAAUUUGGUCACAGACAGAGGAUACAGGACAGCUCUCCAUCAAUACACAGCCCUGCCUACUGACAUGAAAGUGGCAUGGGCCAAGUGGGCUUACGGAUUGCAAAGUGAUAACCGAUACAGAGCAGAUUUGAACUGGAUGAAAGGAGCUGGAUGGAUAGCCACUGGGUCAUUAAAUGUGGAGCAGGCUAAGAAGGCAGGAGAACUCAUUAGUGAGAAGAAGUACCGUCAGCAUCCAUAUGCUUUGAAGUUUACCAGUAUUAAAGACACUCCUGAGAUGAUCCAGGCUAGAAUUAGUUAUAACCAGGCUGUGGAUAGGCUGUACAAAGAGCAUGGAGAGAGUGUAAAGCAUCAGUAUACACCAACAACAGAUCUUCCUGAAAUCCUUCAGGCCAAAUUAAAUGCUAUGAAUAUCAGUGAGAUUCGCUAUAAGGAGUCCUGGGGAAAGAUGAAAGACGGUGGCUAUCAACUGAAACUAGAUGCCAUCCCCUUCCAGGCAGCAAAGGCUUCAGGCAAAAUCAUAAGUGAUUACAAGUAUAAGGAGGCAUUUCAGAAAAUGAAAGGACAGAUGGUUGGCUCACGUGGCCUGGAUGGUGAUAUUCAUAUUGCUCAUUCAGUCCAUGCAGCAUCGCUGCAGAGUGAUGUGAAAUAUAAGCAAGGUUUUGAGGAUACAAAGACUCACUUCCACCUGCCACUGGAUAUGAUAAACUUGGUACAUGCCAGGAAAGCCCAGUCUUUGGUCAGUGAACAAGAAUACAGACAGCUGCUACACCAGUACACUUCUUUGACUGAUGAUGUGAGAUUGCGGUGUGCCAAGAAUGCAUACAAACUACAGAGUGAGAAUUUAUACCGGUCUGACAUGAACUUUAUGCGAGGAGUUGGAUGUAUUACUCCAGGGGCCCUAGAGAUUGAAGGAAAGAAGAAAGCUUCUGAACUCAUCAGCGAGAGUAAAUAUCGUCAGCAGCCACAUUCCUUCAAGUACACAUCGGUGACAGACUCUCCUGGCCUCCUUCAUGCAAAAUUCAGCAAUAUGAUUGCUAAUGAGCGCCUGUAUAAAGCGGCAGGAGAGGACAGUCAGCAUCACUAUACACCCACACUGGGUCUGCCUGAGUUUACACGGGCAAGAAUAAAUGCAGCCAACCUCAGUGACGCAAAAUACAGAGAAUCUUGGCAUAAUCUACGUGCUCAAGGCUACAAGCUGACAACGGAAGCACUCCCGUUCCAGACUGCCAGGGCCUCCAGAGAAAUUGCCAGUGAUUACCAAUAUAAACACAACUUUGUGAAGGAAAGAGGAAAGCAUAUUGGUGCCAGAAGUGUUCUGGAUGACACCAGGUUGCUGCAUUGCUUGCAUGCUGCCAAAUUACAGAGCGAACAGGAGUAUAAGAAGGGAUCCCAAGAAGUGUGGUCUCACUACCAUCUGCCCAUGGAUAUGGUGCAUCUCGUCCACGCCAGGAAAGCCCAGGCCUUAGCAAGUGAUCAAGAUUACAGAAAGAGACUCCAUGAAUUUACAGCACUCCCGGAGGACAUGAAGAUGAAGUGGGCCAAAAGAGCCCACAUGCUACAGAGUGAGCAUCGCUAUAAAUCAGACCUGAACUUCAUGAAAGGAGUUGGUUGGAUGGCUCUGAGAUCUCCGCAGAUAGAAAGUGUAAAGAAGGCUGGAGAGCUCAUCAGCGAGAUAAAGUACCGUCAGAAGCCAGAAAGUUUGAAGUUCACUGCUGUGGUUGACUCUCCAGAUUUGAUUCAUGCUAAAACCAGCUACCUCCAGUGCAGUGAUAGACUGUACAAGGCUGGAGACUCUGAAGCCAGGCACAGGUACACCAUGCCUCCUGAUCAUCCAGAUUUUAUCCGAGCCCGCCAGAAUGCACUUCAUAUCAGUGAUAAAUUGUAUAAAACAUCUUGGGAACAGACAAGGGCAUCUGGCUAUGAUUUUAGGAUUGACGCCAUCACAUUCCAGACAGCAAAGGCUUCAAGAGAGAUUGCUAGUGAUUACAAAUACAGGGAAGCCUUCCUGAGAGACAGAGGCCAGCAGAUUGGAUUCCUCAGCGCAAAUGAUGAUCCCAAAAUCAGGCAUGUCCUCAGAGUGGGGAAACUCCAGAGCGACAACCAAUACAGGAGUGGAUAUGCCCAAACCAGGGCACAGUUCCAGAGUCAGCUCAACCAGCCAGGAUUUCUCCAUGCUAAGAGAAGCCAGCAGCUUGCAAGCAAUGUUAACUACAGGCAGCCUAUGCACCAAUACACUUGUGAUCCUGAGCAGCUAAAUGUGAAGCAUGCAAAGCAGGCCUACAAGCUGCAGAGUGAUGUAAAAUACAAGUCUGACUUGAACUGGCUCAGAGGCAUUGGCUGGACUCCCCCAGGUUCUCACAAAGUCGAAAUGGCAAGAAGAGCUGCUGAGUUGAUGUACAUUCGGGAGAUGGGAUUGCAGGGUGCUUCUGCUCAGUAUGGACCUGCAGUUGACCAAUUGGAGAUGGAGGGAUCUCAGCAGGUCACAGUCAACCCCGAUGCUUCAGAAAUUCUGCAAGUCAAGAGAAGGAAAAUGCAGCUCUAUCAAAAGUAAACAGAAACAUGACAUAACACAAAUAGAUUUUCAUCUUGUCCUGCAAAUCAUGUAGCUUUUCUAGUUUUCUGGAAAGCACAAUAGAUGGCAUCUAAGAACUUUUUGUUUUGAAAAGCAGCCUAAACAUUGCAAUUUAUAACAUCUUUCUAUUUUUGUGUGGAUAUUUUAUCACUGUAUGUAUUACAAAAUCUGAUAUUUAUUUAAAGCUGUAAAUGAAAUUAGUACUAGGUGACUGGCAGGCUCACCUUUGUACUACAGAUGAAUUAACCUGAUUGGUAGAAUAUAAAAUAAUUUGUAAUGAAUAAAUCAGAUUAAUCUUAUUCCAUA